ACCAAAGAAGAAGAAGAAGUACGUUUGGGGAGCGAUAAGACAUUGUCAGUGAUUGUUAUUUAUCAAAUGGCUUUUAUAAGACCCAGGCAGACUAUUUAAAACCUCCGCUGAAGUACACGAGGUGCCAGGCAUCGACACUAACUCCGUUUCAGGCUCUGAAUGCAAGCUGUAAGUGGGUGACAUGGCAACUGGAGGCACUCCUUUUGAUGACAGUGCAGAGGACCUGCACAACUGGCCUGUUACCAAUGGCAGUCUGGAAGACCGACUCAACAACAUGGAUUGGGGUGUACAGCAGAAGAAAGCCAAUCGAUCUUCAGAGAAGAACAAGAAAAAGCUGUCAGCUGCAGUGGUGGAGAGCCGCCUGACUAAUGAUAUUUCACCGGAGUCUACCCCUGGGGCCGGUCGCAGGAGAGCACGCACUCCUCAUUCCUUCCCACACAUCAAAUACACCACCCAAAUGUCUGUCCCGGACCAGGCUGAGCUCGACAAACUCCGUCAGAGGAUCAAUUUUACAGACCUGGAUGAGAGGAGCAUCGGCAGCGACUCCCAGGGGCGUGUCACAGCUGCCAACAACCAGCGCCAGCUCGCUGGAGAGAACAAGAAACCAUACAACUUCCUACCUCUUCAUGUAAACACUAACAAAAGCAGGGAGCUGCUCCCCCCCUCCUCCUCUGCCCCUGCCACCCCAGCUAUCACCAAGGAAACUAAGAAGCAGAGCCCAGGACUCAGGGACGCUUUAACCCCUGUGGUUCCUAUCAAGGACUCUCCAAGGCUAAGUCGUGGUGGCACGGAGAGAGGGGCCGUUGUGCACAGAGAAUACGGGAGACAAGAGCCCAGAAUAGACAGCAGCCAGGUGGUGAGCAAACUGGUGCAGAUCCGGGAGUACAUCAGUAAGGCCAGCUCCAUGCGGGAUGACCUGGUGGAAAAGAACGAUGUGCCGGCCAACGUGGAGCGUCUUUCUCACCUCAUUGAUCACCUCAAGGAGCAGGAGAAGUCCUAUUUACGGUUCUUGCAGAAAAUGUUGGCUCAGGAGAACGAGGAUGAUGAUGUGGGGACACUGGAUUCAGCAGUUGGCUCAGGUUCACUGGUGGAGAGUACCUCUCUGAACAUUGAAGUCCGGUCUUCAGAUGCUUCAAAUGCAACAGGUCAUAGGCCAGAAGCUGUGCAUGCUGACCAGAAGAAAGAACUGGAGAAUCUGCGCAAGCAGCACGAGCUGCUGAAGAAGAUGCUGGAGCAGCAGGAGCAGCUCAGGGCCCUGCAGGGCAGACAGGAAGCAUUAAUGGCCAUGCAGCAAAGUGCAGAACAGGCACUUGCUGUUAUUGAAGACACCGUUGUCACAGAAACCACCGGUAGUGUUUCUGGUCUGAGCAUCACGUCAGAACUGAAUGAUGAGUUGAAUGAUUUGAUCCAGCGGUUCCACAACCAGCUACAUGACUCUCAGACUAAAGCGGUGCCAGAUAACCGUCGUCAAGCAGAGAGUCUUUCCCUGUCCAGAGAGGUGUGCUGGUCUCGGGCUCCCCAGGCUGCCCCACCUCAGCACAGGCCUCUCCUCCACUCUGCCUCUGGCCCACACACCGGUCUAGACACUGGGGCAACAGCAGCCAGUGCCAAACUCACCAAGCUCCAAGAACUCCAAGACAAAAAGCAAACCAUGGACAAGAUCCUCCAGGAACUGCAUUCACUCAGAGACCAGACACUCAAUAAUAAUUCAUGUCGUGGCUUGUCCGCACGGUUCAGUCGGAGUAUGGGAGGAUCUUCAGAUUGUCCAUCUGCUUUCUGCUCUAAUGGGGCUGUGGCUUCCACUUCUUUUCAUCCUCCGCUCACACAACAGGAGAGCUCCCACUCUGCAGACAAGCUGAGGAAGCUAAAGGAGGUCCACAAGCGUUUGAAUGAGCUCCGGGAGCUGGUCCAGUACUACGAGCAGACCUCCGAUAUGAUGGUGGAUGCGGUCAAUGAGAAUGUGAAAGAGGACGAUGAUGAGGAGGAGGAGGAGGAGGAAGACGAGACCGAAGACGGCUCUAUGUUUGAGACCAUAUUUGACUCGGAGCAGGAGAACCGCCAGCCCGUCACUAACAUCAGUUAUGGAACCUAUUUCUUUAGAAACCCACAGCGUAGUGGCAACUGGGCCGACUUGAAUAGCCUGACCAACGGGCGCAGUGUCAGGAGUAGUGUCACUAACAACCGGGAGGGCAGACUCAACACGGAGUGUGAGAUCAAUAACCGGUCAACAGCCAACCUCCGCAGUCUCAACACCCCCUCAACCAUAGAGUGCCAGUACAAUAGGGACAUCCCCUAUAAUCAGGUGAAGGAUGACGAUGAGGAUGAAGAUGGUCUUGAUAAUGAUGAAGGGGCACAGGCUGCGGCUCCAGACAGUGAGGCAUCAGAGUCCAGUCGGAGGAGCAGCCUUGGCAACGAUGCGAGCUUUGCUCAGAAGGUUCAUCGCCAGACAGCAAAGCAAAAACUCCGGCAGCUGCAGGAACUGGUGGCAAUGGUUCAGAGUGAUGACACAGAUGGAACAACGGCUAAUGAAGAUGAAACUUUGCACCAGCAGCCAAAUAAUACCAGAACCCCUGUGCCUGGGACACUGGGGGCAGGAUCUAAAUCCAGUCCCAGAGACCUUACCCUUUCAAGUAAAGCCAGGGAGAAGCUGUAUGAAGAGAAGCUGCGUCAGCAGAAGCAGGAGCUGAAGCAGCUCCAUGAAGAGCGCCAGAGGCUCAUUGAAAUCCAAGGCAAGAUCCAGGACCUGCAGUGGGCUUGUCCAGACCUUCAGUCAUCUGUGUCCAGCACGGUGAGUCAGCAGGGUUUGCUGAGGAAGGUUCCAGUUGCAGUUUCCACUCCUGUGAGCGUCCAGGCUUCUUCAUCCUGUGGACCCAAAACCAACUCAGCUGUGCUCAAACCCACUGCUCCAGAAGCAGCUACUUCUUCAGUCACUGACAACGAGCUUUGGUCAGAAAUGCGACGCCAUCAAAUUUUGCGUGAAGAAUUGCGGCAGCGCAGAAAGCACUUGGAGUCCUUGAUGGCUGAGCACCAGAGGCGCAGCGGUCUUGGUGACUCUUCCUGCCAAGACCAAGAAGGGAUUGCUGCAGCCUCACAGUCUGUCAGUAGGGAUGAGAGAACAAUGGCUACCUGGGGUUCCACUCCCUGUCACCUUGAGGAUGAUGAUGAUGAAGAGGAUGAAUACCACUCAGAGAUGGAUGCAGAGGAGGAAGAGGAGCAGGAGGAAUGCACAGAGAGCAGCUCUGAGGAUGACAUCCAUGUCUACUCACCAACCAGAAACCAGUGCUCCUACAGUAACAGGAAGAAUCCAGGAAGUAAUCUGAAACCUCCAGCAGCUUUUUCGGGUGAGGUCAGUGGGCACCUUCAUAACAAGACAAAGGCCAAGCAGCCGUCCAGAAGUUUGAACCAGUCCUCGAGCCAGCAUGGAGGCGCACAGCGACAGGAGAACCUGCGCUGGGCGUCUGAGCUCUCCUUUGCCGAGGGCUCAGGCCACUGGCAGGAACAAGUCAACCAGCUGCAGAGGCAGCUGGACUUCAGUACCAGCAUGUGUCAGACUCUCCUGCAAGACCAGCAGACACUAUCCUACAUGUUGCAAACUCUGCUCACCGGUCAGUACAGCGUGUUACCAAACAACUUGUCGUCACCACAGGUCCACCUGGUCAUGCACCAGCUCAACCAGUGCUACACACAGCUAGCUUGGCAGCAAAACAAUGUGCAAAGACUAAAGCAGGUCCUUAACGACCUCCUCCGCCAGCAGCAGGCGCAGCAGCCUCGUUCCUCUACAGCAGCAGGUUGGCAAACACAGAAGCAGGGCUCGUCCCAAGAAUCCAGCUCUGGCCCGUCAGCCUCUCCUAGCGUCUUCCUCCCCUUCUCCUCCACUUUACAUCCUCCAGCCAACAACAUGUCUGCUGUUUCCCCAUUCCCUCCCAGCUUAAACCUAUAUCCACUAUUCCCUGCUUCCAUGGGUGAGUUUCCUCAAGGUGCAGUAGGUCAGACUACUCCUGAACCUCACAAGCAGCAAAUGGACCCCAACACUUCAAUUAAAACUGAGUACAUGAGUUUCCCUCCUCCAGUGCAACGCUCUCCUCUUAACACCACUACAGAAAGAGGAGCGUCUGGCUGGCACAACAGCACCUACACAAACAAUACCGUCUGGCAUCACCCAUCUAAGAAUGAGCCCCAAGAGUCUCCUUCUUCCUCCCCCUCAUUUGCAAACCGCCACGUGCGGCCUCAAGACUUCGACAAGGCAUCACAGGAAAGCUUCAGCAGCUUGCCUGAUCCUGCUGAUCCCACCACCAUCACGAAGGCUUACAAGGCCGGGCGCAAGGCCUCGGCACAAGCCAACCUGGCCUCCAGGAGCAAGACUCCCAAGAGCCGACGCAAGAGGAGCAAAGGGCACGGCAAGAGCAGUGAAGGCCACGACAGCGACAGUGCCAGCAGCACUGCCGACUUUGCCCAGGAGAGGGCAGCCUCGUCUCAUCACAAGGAUCAGAACCAGAGUCUACUGGACAAGCUGACUCAAGAAAAACUGGACAGCAAGACCAAGCCCGGAAACAAACGAAAUGACCUCUCCUCUGCCUAUGCUUGGAGAACACCCUUCCUCUCUAACAGAAUUGCAUGCACAGAAGCACCAGAUGCAAGCAGUGACUUCUCACUCUUCGAAGUGCUGAGGGAGACCAUUUACUCUGAGGUGGCUACUUUGAUAUCGCAGAAUGAGUCACGACCCCACUUUCUCAUCGAGCUAUUCCACGAACUGCAGCUGCUCAACACAGAUUAUUUGCGCCAGAGGGCACUAUAUUCCUUACAGGACAUAGUUGCCCGGCACCUUGCAGAUAAGAAUGCAACCGAGGACCAGUUGCCCCCCCUCGGUCCUGUGGUGUGGGCUGCAGGCUCCCAGUCUGAGCUCACACCCAGUGAGAGCCUGACCACCAGUGAUGCAGAGGUGGUGGAGAAGAACUUGAGGCUUUCACAUCACUUAAUGAAGAAAAGGGAUGAUGCAGAGUCUGUGGACAAUGAAAGCACCAUGUCAACCUCCUCCAACCUGGAACCUUUUGCCAACGAUGACCUGGGCAACACGGUGAUUCAUUUAGACAAGGCUCUGGCCAGGAUUAGGGAGUAUGAGCGCAUGAAGCUUAAAGCUGAGUUUAACCCCUGCAACGCCCGCACUGCAGGUGCAGGCGGUUCUGAAGUCUCAAAUGCCGAACGUCCUUCUGCUAACCCUGCUGAACCAGUGGAAGGAGGUGCAGCGGGUGAUGUGCACUGCCCUCAGAUUGACACCCAGCAGCUGGAUCGUCAGAUCAAAGCCAUCAUGACUGAAGUCAUUCCCUUCCUCAAGGAGAACAUGGAUGAGGUCUGCUCCCUUCAGCUGCUGACGUCCGUGCGGCGCAUGGUCCUCACUCUGACCCAGCAAAACGACGAGAGCAAAGAGUUCGUGCGCUUUUUCCACAGACAGCUGGGAGGAAUACUGCAGGACUCUCUGAGUAAAUUCGUGGGCCGUACUCUGAAGGACUGCGGAGAGGAUCUGCUGGUGGAGAUCUCAGAGAUCCUCUUCAAUGAACUGGCUUUCUUUAAGCUCAUGCAGGAUUUGGACAACAGCAGCAGCAGCAGCAACAACAACAACAUCGCUUUAGCGGCCAAACAGAAGAAUAAGAAGAGAGCUGAGCAGCCAAUUAAAGCCAUGUACAGGUUAAAGGAAAACGUAGCCGCUGCUGGUGAUAAAUCAAAUGCGGUAGCAUACACAGAUGAAGACAAGGACCAGGACGACGCUGAGCAGGAAGCAGGAGGCGCUGGUGUCCAGGAGAUUUACCUGCAGACGGAGAUGAAGAACAACAGGAGCAGUGAAGCCUCAGAAGUUGAAGAGGAAGAUGAGGAUGAAGGGGACAGACAGGCAUUGCCUCUGUCAAUCAGUCUUUCCAAAGCAGAGACUCAGGCCCUGACAAACUACGGCAGCGGAGAGGAUGAGAACGAGGAGGAAGAGAUCGAGGAGUUUGAAGCAGGACCCGUAGACGUCCAAACGUCCUUGCAGGCGUCCGGUGAUGGACAGACGGAGCAGGAGGGGGCAUCGACCAGCGAAACCCAGGAGAUAAAAACCGAAGAGAGGAGUUCAGAGAUUGACGAUGUUUUAGAAAUCAACAAGUCAUCCGGGACUGAACAUACUGGGGCGGAGAGGCAGAGCCCAGAGGAGGAGGAGGAGGAGGAGAGCACAGGCGGAGCAGCUGCUGCCUCAGAAGGAAGCUCUGCUGUCUGCCAGGACGUCCCCAAGGAGGCAGCCACCUCCAGUAGCCCCGACACAGACUCGCCCGUCAUGAUCAGUGUAGAUGAGAUGGGAUCCGGUAACACGAGCCAAAAGUCUGACGAGGAAGACUUUGUCAAGGUGGAUGAUUUACCGCUGCAGCUCACGGUCAUGUGCGAGGAGGCGCUUCAGAAGAGAAUUGUGGAGGAGCAGCAGAAUAACAACCUGUCUGUAGAGAUCCUCAGUGGGAACACUGAACUGCUGACUGGGCUGGUGGGAAACGCACAGGCUCUGAAGGAACCAGAGGCGGCUGCUGUCCCGGAUCUCUAAAGGAUCCUACAGAUGUUUUUAACACUAUAUUUACACCCUCGAUCAGUUCUGGAUGUAUGGUUGUUAAUUUUUAAUCUGUUACUUUAAAAGAGUAAGGUCAUAUAAUAAGAGUCGCAAAUUAGCUGUGACCCUUUUUCACACACCACAGAUUUAACAUCUACACAUGAUCCACCCUUUCAGUUCACUGUAUUCCUGAAUGUUUAAUGUGAUUUAAUGAUAAUCUGGGGGCGGGGUUAUCGCUCUGCUGCUGAUCACCAACAGUUAAGCCUCUGUUUGAAUCUCUGUAGUAAUGACACUCCUGUUCAGAUCCAGCUGCAUCUUCUUCUUCUUGGUUCUGGGAUCAGUUUGACUUUUUCUUUUUAAUGUUUUAUUUGUCUCGUCCGGCCUUACUGAUGUACAGCUCGUCUUUUCUGCACUUGAGUCCUAAUUAUAAAGAGAUAAGGAUAUGAGUUCUGCGUACGGCUAGUUGUUCUGGCUCGAACACUUCCCUCUGAACCACGGCUCCAAGCUCAGGCUUUGCUUUUAUUCUUUCAGACCCUGUGUUUCUACACAGCUUUGUUCUGUUAAUGGUUAGACUCCCAUGAUUUUACUCUAACUGUUGACUACAGUAAGAUGUUUUAACUAAUAAAAUGCAGGAACUUUCAAAAAUGAUGUUGUCAUGAUUUUAUUAUGUGGACAUGCAACACACACACAUACACUGAUCAGCCACAACAUAAUGACCACUGACGGGAAGUGACUAACAUCGAUUAAUGUUUCUCAGUGAAUGAAGCUGAUGCCCCUGUUGAGCAGGUGGUCUUUAUGAAGUGGUCUUUAAUGUGACUCAGGACAGAUGCACCUGUUUGCAUUCACGCUACCAAACGGGUGAGACCACAUUUGACUCAAAGCACCUCUAAAUGUGAUCAGAGUUUGGAUCUCUGAAUUGCCAUCUCAGUGCAUCCUCAAUGUGAUCACACCUGUUUUUUUUUUUUUUGUUGUUGUUGCUCUGGUCGCCUGUAGUUUAAAUGCCCACAAUGAGUCUUAAAGGUCUGAAAAGACCCAUAGAGUCAUAGUCACAGAGUUACUACAAUAUGCUGUCAGCUCACAGUAAAAACAUCAAGUUUGAGAAUCCUUUUAUUAAUUAACCAUAAUUUAAAACAAAA